GCGCCGGCGCUCCGUCGCGUCGACGGCCCCGACCCUGCGCAGGAGUUCGAUCAGGGCCAGCUGGGGCCCGCGGACGGCAGCACAUUGGGCGGCGCGUUCCGCGAGCUCGCCGAGGAGUCGGGGCUGCAGCUCGAGACACCCCCCGGCGGGCGCGCGAAGCUGGGCGCGGACACCUACUCCACGGGGCGUGGACGGCGCGGCGGCCCCGGCGCGCUCAAGGAGGUGCUCCGGCACCGCCAUCGGGCGGCCGCUGGCGACAAAGGCCGCCGACGCCCUCGCGAGGCGCGGACUCGCGAGGCGCGCUUCAUAACGAAACGCGAGCUGCGGGCGGCCGCGGUGAAAGGCAGGUUCUCGUUGCACGCCGAGGAGGCGCCGAAGCUGGCGAAGCCGAAGGAGCUCGAGCUGCAGCCGAAGCAUCGGUCGCCGGCCAUCGAGGCGACGGGGCCCGAGGCCAGGGCGAGGCCGAAGCGGGAGGCGCUCCGCGGCAGCGCGGCCGGGAGGCGGCCCCGCCAGAGCCGGCGGGCCAUCGGGGUCGCCAGAGCGGCCGCUGCCGCCGAGGCGCGGCCGGCAGGCCGCGCCCGCCAUCGCCGCAAGCGCCUGCCUGGCCGCAUGGGCGGAGCGGGCGCCAGGGCCCGCCGCGAGGAGCUCAGGCGACAGCAGGGGCUGGGCCGGCGCAAGCGUCCGAGGGCCGCCAGCGACAACGAAGGGGAGGCCACGGACGCCGAGCCGAGCGCAGCGACGCUGCUGGACGAGGUUGAGGCGGAGCCGCCGCGGCGCGCGGCCGGCGAGGCUGGGCGAGACGCGGCGGUUGCAGGGAGUCGAGCCCGGGGCCGUGACCGCGGCCGCGAGGGCCGUGAUGGCUCGCGUGACAUCUUUCCGCUGAUGCAUGGGCGCCCCGGCCGGUUUGCGACCGGGGGCCGGGGCCGCUCGCUCGAGGCGCAACGCGAUGACGCUCUCGCUGCUUUGCACUGGCUCGCCGGUCACGAUUUCGCAACUGGGGCCGCCGUCGCGGAGGGAAUGGCUGGCAUGGGGCCGUGGCCGCCCGCGCUGAAUGGGCUCCUGGAGAGGACGCAGCCGCCUCUGGAUGACGAACCCGCCCCAUCGCUUCAAGAGGCCUUCCGCGACCUUCUACAGGGGCGAGCCGCGCACGAAUGCGAGCCCGUCAGCAGGGCGCUUGCACCCUACCGUCGCGACGCGGCGUCGCUACCCGAGUCGGUCGCCGAGCGUGGCCUCUUCACGGAGCUGCGCGACGCCCGCUGGCAUUUCGCGACGGGGAUGGCCGACGGAUGCUUCGACCGGUGCAAUCAGUGGUCUUUGAAGGCACCGCACGUUGAGCUGCCCACGCCGGAGGGGCUCGCGGGAGUCGAGGCCGAGAGUUUCGAGGGCGGCGGGGCGCCCGCAAUCAUGGGCGUUGCCGACGUGAAGGACGCGUUCCACAGGUUGAUAUUGCCAGAGUGGCUUUCGCGAUAUUCUGGCCCGCCCGAUGCGCUGGCCGAAGACGUCGGCAUGGUCGGCCAGGGGAUCGACGGGACCGUCGCCGUCGCAGGAGAUUCGAUCGUGCCCUCGGCGCGGGCGCUGCCCACGGAGUUCACCUGGAGUCUCUUCUUCCUCUUCCAUCGGAUAGGCGAGAGUCUGCGCCAGCGGAUGCCCGCGCCCCGCGCCCCGGAGCCGCUGAGGGGCCGCGGCCGGCCCGACGUUCUCGCUCUGAGUAACGGUCUGCACGAGCUCAGGCACUGCGCGCACGUGGACAACUUGGGGGCGAUGGGCGACAGUCGCUCGGAGGUGGAGCACGCGCUCGCUGACACGGCGAAGGUCCUCGAGAGCUUCGGCUUGUUGGUGCGCGGAGAAGAGGCGAGGAGCGACACCGCGGAGGCGCUCGGGGUUGUCCUCGACGGAAAGUUGCAGCGCACCUCACUGACGAAGAAGCGGCAUUGGCGGCUGCACUCCGCGCGCCGACACCUCUUGAACCGCGGGAGCGCCAGCGGGGGCGAGCUGUGGGCUUUCCUCUGGUUGAUGCCAUUCUUGUGCUCGGACUGGUGGCCGAGGUGGAAUCGACUGGCGAGCCCCAGUGACGCCUCGGAGUGGGGCUACGGGGUCUCCACCAGCCUCUGGAGCGAUGAAGAGGUGAAGGCUGCUGGCCGCACUCGCGAGAGGGGCCACUUCCGUGACGCUCGAGCGGCGCAGGAGGAGCUUCCCGGGGAAGAUUUCGACGGGCUGGGGGCCGCGAUGGCCUCUGGCGAGUACGAGGUCAACCCAGGCUUCCCCGCGGCGGCUUCGGCCGGGCUGGCGCAUGGCCGCUGGGUGCCGAGGUCAACGGCCGAGAUCGGCGCUGGAGAUUCGGCGCGAGGCACCGAGCUGAAGGGCAGUUCAGGCUGCGGCUCGACGGCCGGCAAGACGCCGCUGGCCAAUCUCGAUGGCGAGAUAGCUGUCCUUCAUCGGCGACGCGACCGCAGAGCUCGGCAGGCAGCCGACCCAGCCCACCGCGAUCGCGAGCAGGCGGCGCGUGCUCGCGGCCGAGGCCGCGCCGCUGGCCAGGCCGCGGGCGUUGCAGAGCCGGACAGAGUUAUUUCGUCGGGGUGCUCUCCCGAGCUGAGUCGCGAGUCGGGCGACGACAGGCCGCAGGCGAAGUCCGCGCUGGGCCAAGCGGCCGGAUCGGCCGCGGCCGACGCGCGCGGGUCUGCAGACGAUCGGCGCCUGGAACGGCUGCGCGAGCGGCCGUUCCAGAGGGCGCGACCGCGCCGCGGCGCACGGCACGGCGCGGCCAACGCCGAGACGACGGGCUGCGCGGCCGGCCGCUCGGUCGACAGCGCGCACAGCGACAAGGCCGCCAAGAUCGCGGCCAUGACUGAGCCUGCCAACAUCACAGGCGGUGCCCGUCCCGACCCGCUGAAGGGCACCAAGGGCGCGCUCCUGGCGCGUGCUGCGCGCUGGCCUAGCGAGGCCGACGGCAUCCAGACGGCCGCUGACGGCGGGUCGCUGCACCUGGCGCCCAGCCCGCAGGCUGGCCGAUCAGACGGCGGCAGGAUCACGCUGAAAUUGAAGAUUCUCUCGCCGGCAACGCGGCGGCCGACUGGCCGCCUGCGCGAGGCAGCUCGAGGGCAUCUCGAUGUCAGAGCGGAGCGGGCUUCAGCUCGGGGGCCGCGGAGGCACUUGAGUCUGGAGGGUCGCUACUUCGCGGAUGUCUUUUGCGGAAAGGGAGGCUGCGGGCGGUCGGCCGAGUUUGCCGGGUUCCCAGCUCGAUAUUUCGACCUCGUGAACAGUGCCAAGGGCGACGCGUUGAGGCCAGAGGUGAUGCAUGGGCUGAUCGCCGACAUACAGGCAGGGAAAGUGCAGCCGAGCUCCGCGUUCCGUAUGCAGAUCGAUGUAGAUUAG